GUGACAGCUCAGAUCGGAAGUAAACAAUCCGGCGCGCCUGGUUCCCGCGCAGCAGAAGAGCCACAGCACAGCUAGUUUUUCACGAGCUAUACCUGACUAAAACCUCACCAACACCCGGAGAAAAGCCGGGGAAAAGCUGACAAGAUGGAUACGCUCUAUCUGGACAAUAUCGAUGAAUACGUACACGACCAAGAUAAGAUCGUGACAUAUAAAUGGCUAAGUCUAACUCUGGGCGUCCAUGUCAACACAGCCAAAAGAAUGUUGUUCCAUUACCUGGAGCACAAGAGGAAGGAGAGUUCUGCCUCACUCCAUGCCACGUACCUGCUGUCAGGCAAAUCUGUGGACCACGGCCAAACGUGCCAUAAGGUGUCAGUGGUGCGUGAGGAGGAGCUGGAGGAUGCUAAGUCGAAGCUGAGCGCAGUUGUGAGUGUGCACGUGUACAGUGUGCACAAGGCUCUGCUCCGGGACAGCUCCCCCUUGUUUGGAGUGGAUUACGACGCCAUCAAGAGUAACCUGCAGCAGUGCAACAGAUACAGUGCGAUCUGCUGCCCUGACGCCGUUCCUUUGAGCAACGCAGAGCUCCAUCAGUCCCGAGAAUCCCAACAACCUCCUCCCCCGGCCGCAGAAAUCCCCAAACCGCAAACCAACGGUUCAAAUCUCAGCGCCAAAACCUGCCCCAAGCCCAAAGGCAUCUUGGGAAUGUUCGCUAACAAACCCAAGACAGAGUCCAAGAGUGAGACCAAGACUGAGACCAGACCUGAGACCAAACCAGAGACCACAGUGGAGCCAGUGGCCGAACCUAAACCUGCUCCUAAGGCCAACCCCGUAGCAAACUUCUUUGGAAGCCAAACUGCAAAGAAGCCUGUUGUGGUGGUGAAGGAGGAGAGCAGCUCCACUGAACAGCGCCCCACAGAGGCCAACAGAGACCCUCGCAGUAAGAGUAAACGAGUGGAGGAGUCUGACCGUGAGGAGGAGCCAAAGGAGAAGAGGAAGAGGAGGAGAAUCAAGAGACCUCAGGACAGCAGUGACGAAGAGCAAGACGUGAUCCCAGACUCUCCAGUCCAGACAAAGGUGCAGCUGUCUCCAGAUCCAAUCAGAGAGGAGCCUGCCCCACAGCCGGAAACCUCCUCGACAAAAACAAGGAAAAGACGCCGCGUUCUCAAAUCCAAAACAUUUGAGGAUGAAGAAGGAUGCAUCGUGACAGAGAAAGGCUACGUGAGCGAGUCGUAUUCUGAGACUGAGGAGGAGGUCCAGACUAAACCAGGUCCAAAUCCUGGUCCUAAACUUGGAUCUAAACCAGUGAAAGCGCAGACUGAGGAGAAGAGGAAGAAGGGAUCAUCUAGCGCCAAAACCACAAAACAGGCCUCUAUCAUGGGCUUCUUCAACAAGAAAUGACACCCCCCCCCAUUUUCUUCAUAUUUAAACUGUUUUGUACUGAAUAAAGAUAAACUACAGGUCUACAUGUUUAAAUGGGUAAUUCAGCAGUUACCAUGGUGACACAAUACCCAAAUGAGCAUACACCUCAAAAAGGUUUUAACAUUUUCUAAAAACUAAAGAAAAAAACACAGAACAAAAUGGAUUUAAACAGAAUAUUUUCAAGAGCCUCUCAAUCAAUAUGAGGGCUCAUGGUCCUGUUUAGGAGUUUGAUUUUCAACAAAAAGAUGAGAGACUAACUGAAAAAAACUGUUCGGUAAUGCUAAAACUGUAAUGUUAUCUGAGAGGGUUCUUUAUGGUUAGAGAGUUGUAUUAAAAUAAAGCUCAGAUUCAGUCUAAUAAGCCUGACAGAGCAGUGUACAAUUAGCAUCACAGCCCCGGGAAUGUUGAUGAUGUCGGCUGCAAAGUAUCUAUUAAGGUGGAAGGCAUUUAAGAAUUAUGUUUUAAUUUGCUGUUUAACUGUCAUAUUGUCAACAUGGUUUAUGGUUAAUAUCUCUGUAAAUACUCGACCUACCCACAUGAAACAGAAACUGGCACAAAGUUCAAUGUUUUCUCUGUCAGUAUAAGUAACUAUCCAGGUUUUUUUUUUUUAAAGAACUAUAUCAAAAUCGUAGUUAAAACAUGAUUUAUUAAAGACAUCAGAACAUAAAAGUUGAGGUAGGCUUUGUCAUUGUUAAGUCAAGUGAUGUCUCUGCUGCUCUGCUGCUCUGCCCACUCUGCGAU